UUUCUUUAUCAUAAAAAAAACACUAAUGUAAGAAAAAUUAAUAGUUAUUUCGUUUCGUGCCGUUGGUAUGCGCCUCUCUAGGGACUCUAUCGCGCGCAGCUGAUUCUCGGGUGGGAUGGGAUGCUGGAUGACACAUAAGCGCGUCGCCUAACAGAUUAAUCAACAAUGGUAUUCGGUUGCUGCGGGAUGCGCUCGGAAUAGUUUAUCGGCAUCGUUUCUCGUUCGUGUAAUCGUGCGAUGUGAAAAGAAGGGAAACGAGACCACUGCGCGUCCCGCAAGACACCAGAUUGUUUGAAUUCGACUUUGACAUAACGUGUAAGUUCUGAUCUGAUAUUCGACGACAACAAAGCAGCAGACCAUAACAACGAGGCAUGGAGGGAGGCGUAGCGGAAAAUUCUAUUAGUACCGAGAUGGAUAGGUCCGAGGACGAGAUAGCCCUGCAAGGAUGUUGCAGCCCCAAGAAAAUGCCAUACCGAUUUUUGGGCCUGGCGCUUAUGUGUCUACUCGGAUUCGGAUCGUACUUUUGUUUUGAUAAUCCUGGAGCACUGCAGGACAAUUUUAAAACUGACUUACAUAUGUCAACUAGCACAUUUGUUUUGCUAUAUUCCAUAUAUUCCUGGCCGAAUGUCAUUCUCUGCUUCAUUGGUGGAUUUUUGUUGGACAGUGUCUUUGGAAUUCGGCUAGGUACUGUGAUAUAUAUGGGACUUACAUUAAUUGGUCAAAUUAUUUUUGCAACUGGUGCUAUGGUUGAUACUUUUUGGCUAAUGAUGCUCGGCCGAUUUGUCUUUGGAAUCGGCGCAGAGUCGUUAGCAGUUGCCCAAAACAGUUAUGCAGUUUUGUGGUUCAAAGGUAAAGAAUUAAACAUGGUGUUUGGACUGCAGUUAAGCUUCGCGCGAGUAGGAUCGACCGUGAACUUCUUGGUAAUGGAGCCAGUAUACAAUUAUGUAUCUAAAUAUUACAAGGGCCCAGAGUGCAUCGGCAUAGUUCUCUUCCUCGCUGCUGGAACUUGCGUAAUGUCGAUGAUAUGCGCGUGUAUAUUAGCCUUUAUGGACAAACGCGCCGAGAGACUGCUCCGACGAGGAGAGGGACAAGAACCGCAAGUCGUUAGUUUGAAAGACGUGAAGGAUUUCAAGCCGAUCUUUUGGUUGAUUGCGCUCAUUUGCAUUGCUUAUUAUGUUGCGAUAUUUCCCUUUAUCGCAUUAGGAAAAGUAUUUUUCGAACGGAAAUACAAAUUCGAUCCAUCUGCUGCAAACACGGUGAAUUCUCUCGUUUAUUCAAUAUCGGCGAUAGCAUCACCUCUUCUGGGUUACUUAGUAGAUAGAAUAGGAAAAAACGUAUCAUGGGUGUUCAUUAGUAUUUGUGUGACUAUCCUUGCACAUGGAUUGCUUGCUUUUACUUAUUUGAAUCCCUAUGUGUGUAUGGUUCUUAUGGGAUUGGCGUAUUCCAUGCUUGCUAGCAGUUUAUGGCCUUUAAUCGCUCUUGUUACACCAGAGCAUCAACUUGGUACUGCUUAUGGAAUAGCACAAGCUGUACAAAACUUAGGUCUUGCUGUAGUAUCCAUUGUAGCUGGCAUAAUUGUCGACAAAGGAGGGUAUUUAAUGCUCGAAAUGUUCUUCCUGGGUUGGCUUUGGAUUUCGUUGAUAACCGCUGGUGCGAUCUGGGUGUCGGACACAGCAACAAGUGGUGGUUAUCUCAACAUGACACCAGGACAAAGAGAACGAUAUGAAACACUUCGAUGUACGCCUGAGAGUCUGGAGCGAGAAAAAUUAUUGUCGUCUGAAUGUACAUCGGAUUUCUCAGCAGACAGUCUUAUGCAACCACAAUCUGAUAUCAGUAUACGAAACCGUUAUUUGUCUCGUAUUGGUGCAAUGGUGCCACCACAUGCAGUAACGCCGAUUCAUCGAGCAUUACGAUGAUACGCAUGAUCUAGUUGCAAAUUUAUGAUAUAAAUAGGUACGUAAAAGAGUUUUUAAAAUCUCGUUAAAGUGUCUGCUCACUGUGUCUUCCUAUUAUACACAGCUUGAUCUGUGAUAAUUUCGUAACGCAAUUUUUAAGUCGAAAUUCUGUUUAUACAAUAUCUCGAAAAUUUUUUAAAUCAAAAUUGACUUAUAUAUAUUUUACAUGAAACUUUGACAUAUUUUACACGAAACUUAAUGACUAUGUGUGUACAGUUACCAAUUAAUAUUAACAAUUCACGAGUCAUUUUUAUCUUUAGUUUUAUUAAUGUUAAAAACAAGCGUUACGGGAUUACUUAAUUCGUAAGGUAAUGUAACAUAUAUCUUAUCGUGUGUAAUAUAUCUUGAUGUAAUAUUGUAAUAAAUAAAUGUUCGUGAUCUCUUCGAUUA